UUUAUUUUUAUUUUCAUAAAAUCAUUUUAUCUAUUUGAAAAAAAUAUAGUAUUCCUAAAUAUAACUCAGUAGAUUUUUAGUCAAUAAAAAAGAAUAUAUAAUGCAGUUAUUUUCAGUCUGUUCAUACCUAUAAAUAUACAUUAUGUGAUAUAAAAUAUACAAAGGAAGUUUUUGGCAAGCUCUCUAAAAAUUUUGCAUUCAUCAACUAUCAACAUCGUCUACAAUAUUUAAUGUACGAGAACUGAAGUCAUAAAGAUACAUUGUAAUGUUUCUAAAGCUCCCCAUAUACUUCGGUUAUUUUGACCGGUUUUAACCGAAUGGGCAAGCCUGUUCAGUUAAAAACGGCAGUGUAUGAAUGUAUUCGGCCCAGUUGUGCCUGUUCGUUCAAUAUCUGUCUUUACCGAAUAUUUUAACAUUAAUUAUUUUCUAGCUUCAUUAUCCAUUUAUUUAUUAUUUUUUAGAUUACCCAGUUUUAUUCAUUAAUAAUUUUUUAUUAUUUUUCAGAUUAUCCAUUUUUUUGGUCCAAAUUGAAAUAAAAUAUUAUGUCAAAAUUUAGAGAGCUUUGUGCACAAGAAUAGUGUAUAAAUGAAAUAAAUUUUUAAUUUCAAAUAAUUAUAGAUAUUUAACACUUAAAGCAUGACAAAAUUAAAAAUGUUUUUCACAUACACAUUAAUUAUUUAUCACCUGCAUGAAAUAAUAAAUUGGAGAUUUUAUCUCUUGUAAAGUGUGCCAAUUAAUAUUUAUAGCUGUUAUUAACCAGCAACACCUAGAUUACACCGAAUGCAUUACAAUUUGUUAUCUUCUAAUCGAAUAGCUUUAUGUUGAAAAUGGGUUUGAUAUUUAAACGGAGUAGUUUGUAGUAUAACAACUAACAACCCAGUGUCGUUCAACAAAGUUGAAGAGAAUCAUCGCCAAUACUAUAAGAGAUCAAUCAACAAUGUAUAAGGACUUCUGACGAACUGUUGCAAAAUUUAUGAGUAAGAGAAGAUCCUUAUUAGCCCAGAGGACUUCUAGGAAAUCGAAUUUUAUAUCAUAGGUUUCUGGAUGAAACAGGAUGUAGUAUACGCAUAUCCGGAAGUUAAAUUUAAAGGACACUAUUUGCUUGUGGUUACAUUCGAUGACGAUACCAUAAAUCCAAUAAUUUGUGGUUCCUUUUCGAACUACAAGAGAUAUUUGAAGGAACUUGACACCUGCCAUACCAUACAAAUUAGAGAAAUAGACGAAAAUGAUGAUGGAAAACCUUACAAACUCGAAACGACAUUCAAAAGCAACAUUGCCAAAAAUUCAGUCAUUUCUUCCGUAAAUUUGAUGCUUCCAGUAAAAUUUAAAUUUGGUAAUCCAUGUCCUAGUGUCAUAGAAAAUACUAUUUUAUAUCAGAAUUUAUAUAGCAAGAGGAAUUCCGAUAUAAAAGUUUAUGCAGAUAUGCAACUGUAUCAGCAUGACUUGGUAAAGUGUCCAAAAUAUGGAAUGACUCAUUACAACUAUAGUAUAAUUCAUGAAGGGAUGAGUAAUGAAGAAUAUAAAUUGGAGAAAAUUCUUGAAAAAUAUUCGGAUACUAAAAAUAUUUUCAAAACAACAUUGGUAAACACAAUAACAUCGUAUAUUCCAACAAAAGACGACGUAUUUACAAUCAGUCUUACAGUGAACUAUCCAGAACAGAAAAUACACCACAAACCGAGGUUCUGGCACAUAAUAAAAACAGCCUGGAUCCAGUUUCUCGCCCUGUAUAUUCUCACUGCCUGGAUCACAAACAAAAUAAAAUCCUACAUAUUCAACAAUAAUUUAGUGUUGUUAUACAAACAGAAAAAUAAAUAAAGUAUUCUUAAAAAUGUUA